AUGGAAAUGAGCUGCGAUUUAUUGAAUUAUCAUCAGGAGGGAGCUACUUCUAAAGCAAAGUCUGCAGUAUGCAGACUGGAAGCAGACGCACGAUGGUGUGUGACCGGUACGCCGCUGCAUAACAACUUGUGGGACCUUUACUCGUUAAUGAGGUUCUUGAAAGUUGAAUAUUUUUGCGAAGAGAGAUACUGGAAGGAUUAUGUCUCUACUUCGUCAAGUUCGUGCUUCUCUGUAGAUUUUAUCUCUUAUAAUUUUACCUUACUUGAAGUGGAACUUCCGCCUAAACACUGUGAGGAUCAGUUCAUCGAAUUUGGAGCGGAAGAACGCAUCGCGUACGAUGUGAUGUUCAAGGCAUCCAGACAACAAGUCCGGCAGUUGUUGACCGAGGGUCAGAAUGAAGGAGAAUUCACUCGUCAGCGUCCUCCCAAAUCUUCAGAGGCCCUCGUAACGAAAAAUCCAUUCUUAGGUUAG